UUGCAGGUGUCAAAUGCUAUCAGGGUAUUGUCCCACUCUUUAUAUUUAGAACCUAAAUAUAAUUUCCAUGUACAAUAAAAUACUAAAAUUAACUUUAAACUUGAAAGUUUUGACAUUUACAAACAAGUCAUAAUCAAGCAAAACAUUUUUAGUUCUUGUUACAAGAAUCAGUGAGCUGUUGAAUCGGAAGAAUUAAAAACCGAUUCAGUCCGAUUCGUGUACAAAUCGUUUAGGUCAGUUCUGUAAACAGGUUCAUUAUAUUCUUGAAAAGAUCCGAAUCACAGGAGCGAAUCGUUCACGAAUCAGACAUUGCUAUUUUUAAUUUGACACGCCGACUUAAAAAGUGCAACGCUCGUGCCGCCAAUAACAGGAAGAUGUGACGCAAUAUCCGAAGACGUAAGUCAAAUAGCCCAAAUAGCAAGCGUUCAGUGUAAACGCCCCCUAGAGAAAUCCAGCACCGUGCGAUUGUUAUCUCCAGGAUAUUGUGUUGCUCCUUUUUUGGUUGUGAGCGCAAGGCCGACACAUUUAUUUCCUCUCAACGAAACGGAACCGCCCAAACCCUGAAGCUGCUUCAGCAUUACGUCAGUCACUGGCCGCGGUGCGUGCAGCAGCGCACGCAUACCUUGAACCAUAGCAGUACAGAAACAUCACUACCCACAAAGCUACCGACUGUGCGCAUGCGCGCUCCGAGCGGGAAAACUACAAACGCGUGAGCGCCGAUUGGCUAGGGACAAAAGAACUACAGCUCCCAAUAGACAUGCGCAAAAAGUCCCUCUUAAAGCCUUUUAAAUUUACGUGCAAAAUGGCUGCACAGGUCGAUCUACUGCGCGUCAAAGUAGAGGAGAAGAGCAGGGACAGCUUUGACAAAGCCACCAAAGAGAAGAAAAAGAAGAAAGAAAAGAAAAAGAAGAAACGGGAAUGUUCGCCGUCCGAUGACAAGCGCGAGAGAGCGGAGAAGGAAGCGAAGAAAAUAAAGCUACAGCACCACCAACAUAAUCACCAACAUGCCCAACAACAAGCGCAUCCGCCGCACCAACAACAGAACAGCCAAGCGCGCAACUUCAGCAAAGAGCAGGCACCUGUGCAACACCGCCAUCAUCAACAUCAUCACCUCGUCAGCUCCAAGAAAGAAUUACCUCCGGGCUGGCCGCCGCGAAAAGUGACCCCAGCAGCCCACGUCCCGCGGAAGACGGUCCUGCCGCCUUCCCCGCUCUUCACUUUCACGCCGCUCAAAGUAGCGAAGGCCGAGACCCCCAAUAACAAGCCCAAACACAUCGAGAAGGACGCCAAACUCAAGCCCAAGAAGGAAAACGCCGUGGCGAACGUUAAAGUGGGGGAAUGCAAAAAGAAGAAAGAGCCCCAUAGUGAGAAUGGCAAAACCCAGACCCUGGAGGAAUACCUUUUAAAGAAAAAGAAAAAGAAGAAGCGGCAUCGUGAAGACGAGCGUGGCAAGAAGUUGCACAUACACAACAAAGAGGUCCAGACAUUGUGUACGGGAUUGGCAGGAGCUGCUCUGCCAUCUUCUGAAGACCCUGUGUUGCAUGUGUACAUCAAAGAUGAGAAGCCGUGUCCAGGCUUAGGUGAGUACUACACUCCCAAAGCUGAGAAGAAGCCGUUCCUCUCGCACCAAGACCACUACAUCCGCAGCUUGCGGCUUCAGACCAACGGCUCCUUCAGCAGACUGAUCCAUGAGGAAAAGCAGCCCAAUGGAGGGGCAUCUGUACUACACGCAUACGCAGAUGAACUCUCUUUACUGCAACCGGAGGACACUGAAAGAUUCGCCCAGGAGUUUCUGGAUCUCGCCUUUGCUGAACAUCCUAAAGGAGCCGCACGCUACGCUCUCGCCGUGGUGCACGGAGCGGCUGCCUACCUGCCCGAUUUCUUGGACUACUUUGCCUUCAAUUUCCCAAACACACCUGUCAAGAUGGAAAUCCUUGGUAAAAAGGACAUUGAGACCACCACAAUUGCCAACUUCCACUCCCAGGUGAGCCGAACAUACUGCUCUGGGACAUAUAGAGCUGGUCCCAUGAGGCAAAUCAGUCUGGUCGGUGCAGUAGAUGAAGAGGUGGGCAAUUACUUCCCGGAGUUCUUGGACAUGCUUGAGGAGUCUCCGUUCCUGAAGAUGACUUUGCCAUGGGGCAGCCUGUCUAGUCUAAAGCUUGACUGCAGGUCUCAGAGUGAUGAUGGUCCUAUCAUGUGGGUGAGACCAGGAGAGCAGAUGGUCCCCACAGCCGAUAUGCCCAAAUCUCCAUUCAAGAGACGAAGAUCAAUGAAUGAGGUCAAGAACUUGCAUUACCUCCCGCGAACCAGUGAACCACGUGAGGUUCUCUUCGAGGAUCGGACGCGAGCCCACGCUGAUCAUGUUGGCCAGAGUUUCGACUGGCAGAGUACAGCAGCUGUGGGUGUCCUGAAAGCAGUGCAGUUUGGGGAAUUGAGUGACCGGCCACGAGUAACCAAAGAUGUGGUCUGUUUUCAUGCUGAGGACUUCAAUGAGGUUGUUCAAAGGCUUCAGCUAGACCUGUAUGAGCCACCUGUGUCACAGUGUGUUCAGUGGGUGGAUGAUGCCAAACUCAACCAGUUACGGCGAGAAGGCAUCCGCUACGUUCGCAUGCAGCUCUGUGACGACGACAUCUACUUCAUCCCUCGCAACGUGAUCCACCAGUUCAAAACCGUCUCAGCCGUGUGCAGCCUCGCGUGGCACAUACGUCUAAAGCAGUACUACUCCGGGGAGGAAGAGGAGGAGAAAUCAAAGGACGUUAAGACCAAGGAUCUGUGCUCCACAUCAUGUCCUCCGCCUUCUUCUUCCCCUGUUCACCCGGACACCAAAGUCACCUCUUGCGCCCAGCUACAAACAAACACAGCACAAGGUGGAGUGGCCAAAACAGAUGAACUGGUUUUCCAGAGGCCCGCAACACCACCCAGAGAGCCGCAGCCCGCACCUCCACAGCCCGCUAAAUCCGCCCACACUGUUUCUACCGCUCUCUGUUCAGAGCCAGGUCCUGUCCCAGCACCCUGCCCUCUGUCCUCGCCCACACCAGAGCAAAUGCUUCCACUGGCUCCCACUGAGCCUGCAUCAGACUCCUCACUCGACGGCAGCAGAUCCACAGAUUUCCCCAACUGACUUCAGAACUCUUCCUUUUGCAGAGGGAUGGUGUUUUAUUUCGCCUAGCAGACUUUGACUGACAUUCCACAGUGUAAAAAAGGUAUAUCUGGACCUUGCCUAAAAAUGAAGACUGUAUAUUUUUCUUUUUUAGCUUUUGGUUAAGAAAAUGACCCCACGAGUACUUUUUAGGUUUUUCUCAGCCAAAGUAUUUAAUUUGAAGUAUAUUUUUGCUGAUUAUUACUCCGUAUUGUUUUGUAUUUGUUUAUAUAUUAUUAUAAAUGAGAUGAACUUAUCUCUCACGUGGGACUUUUCACGUUUCCCAGGCCAUCAUGUGCAUCAUGUUGAUCUGCUAAUUGGUUUUUACAGAAAAAUACAAGGGGAAAAAGUGCCUGUCACAAGUGGAGAGCAGCAAUCAUAUCUUAAAAGAUGAAAAAAGUCAUUUUUUUCCCCGUGUUGUAAAGUCACUGAAGCAUAUGAUAUGACAUAUUUAAGAUAGACUAGCAAGUAGGUAUCAGUUUAAAGUGAGACAUAUUUGCUUUUUCAUUGAUCAUUCUCUGGUUUGCUUGAAGGAAAAUUCAUUAUUUUUUGAAUGGCUAAUAGCAGUAAUUAUCAAAGAGGAACCUGUGCAUUGCCUCUCAUGUAUGCAGGAAAUAGGAUUUGGACUCCACAAGAGGGUUGUUCAUUUGUUUGUUAAUUUUAAUUAUUUAUUUUUGUCCAGAAUAGUCAGUCUUUUAAGAUCACAGUCAUGAAUUCAUCUGUCAUGUUUGUUUUCUGUUUGUAUUGUAUGCAGAAGCCGUUGUGCUUUUAUGUUUUUAUUUUGGACUAGGAAGACAUAAUUCAUCUAAGUCCUUACAUUAGCUGAAAACUGGAUGGAAAUGGAAAUAACCAAACCUACACUCAGGGGCAACAUACUGAUGCCUUUUCAUUUGGUAAAGUCUUCUUCUGCUCCUUCUACUUUACUUUAAAGAUUUAUAGCAGUCUAAUCCAUACAUUCAGAUUAUUAGGUUUUGAUUGAACCGAUAAUUCUGACGUGUUUGUUUGAGCUUCAUUUAAAGGAAACACUCCCUUGAUUCAAAUAGAUCAUCUAAACAAAGUUCACUUCAUAUUUUUACACAAUUCUGCUCAUACUAUCAGAGUAGUUUUAGUCACAACGGAAAGAUUUUUUAAAUCAUACUUUGAUUUUGUUCAUUAUGUUCUAAACUUCUGUUUUUGUCUGUGAUUGACAUUGUCACCACUUUAAAAAAAAAAAAUGUCCCAAAUGACUAAAAUCUUGUUGCUUUGGCCAUUUUAAGCAUUUGUUGAUUUGGAAUUUAUUUUUUUUAUUUUUUUCUGAAAAUCAGUCAGUGCAAAUGUGAAUUAACGUAAUAUACAUUAAUAAGGCAUGAAUAAACUCCUGCUCUUCCCAUAAUUUGCUACCCAAGUCAAACCCAUUUUGUUUCUCUUUCAAGAAAGCAUUUGCUAUUAUUUUAUGAAAGUACUAGCAGAAGGCAUAUGUCCAGUGCUCUUGCAUAACACUUGUUUCCUAUGUGUUUGAACUAAAGUUGUCUAAGUCUUUAUGAUAAGCAUUCUGGGGUGACUAUGCUAUCCCACAUAGUUGGAUGAGUGCAAUUUAGCUUUCACUUGCUGAGUGUAGUUGCAUAUCAGUAAUGUUUUUGCACAUGUUGAUGUGUUUCUUUUGAAUGGGAUUAAGUCUUAAAGCAGGCAUUCAGUGUUUUUGAAAGGGUUAUGGGCAGUAGUUGUGCUUCUCUGUUGACACCAAGUAUUGCUAAUGACUGAUUUGAAUGUAAUUUCACACCAGCAAUCAGUCUACAUUAUGGUUCCCACAAAAUUAUCUAAUGGCUUUCCCUACUCAAAUUCGUCCUUCUAUAAAUGAGUGCCUUUUAUUGAGUCUUUAAUUGUCUGCUAUUAAGCUAAUUGAUGUUAUUCAAGUUGUACAAAGCAUUAAUUGUUAUGGAAUUUCAUAAAGUCUGCCAAUAAUUAAUGAUUGGGUAUUUAUUAUCAUUAAAAAUCAUGCUUACUCUGGGAUACAAAUUCUGCUAAUCCAAAAGCAACUGAAGGUGAUCAUUUUAUUAGCCAACAAAAUAAAGAAGAAUUGGUAGUAAAUGACCUAUAAUGAAUUCAGAACCAUGUGCAAUAUGGAUCAAAUCUUAUAUUUCCCACUGUUUUUUUUUUUUUGUUUUUUUUUUGUUUUUUGGAUUAUAUAGGCAGGUGUGAAAGCCUAGACAAAGAUCGUUUUCCCCACUACUCAAUGGCAUUUCCUUAGUUACAGAUUCUGCAGAUUGCUUAAUGAAAGAAAAAAUAUUUCAUACUUUCACCCAGAAUACAUUUCUUUAAAGGUGUCUUUAACACCAAUCCAUUAAGAUGAAUCUUCCCAUAUAUAUAUAUAUAUAUAUAUAUAUAUAUAUAUAUAUAUAUGGUUUCAGAUGUUUUCUGCUCAGCAACACACAAUGUUUUUAUACCUUAAGCUUUCAUGUUAUAUUAAAAUAAACAUGAUGUUUAGCGUUCUAUGUUUCUUCUGAAUUUUGGCAGCUAGUUUUUUUUUUUUUUUUUUUUUUGUGUUGAUCAGGUUUUGAUGGUCGUUUGUAAUAUAGGAAAAAUCCACUUAGGGAUCAAGGCAUGUUCUGUGUGUUUGAUUCAUUAUUUUCUCUGUCUGAAAUUUGUAUAAAGGUUUUCGAUUUCAUUGGUUUUUAAGGACUAAUUAGAUGGUCAAUUAUGAACAUAGUCAAAGUAAUGUUUUGUAAAUGCUAAGUUACAUUUAAUAGAACUGUCGUAUCUUUUCAACUGUGUAAAAAUGCAAUGGAAUGCAUAGACUUUUUUUCUGUAUUUUUUUAAAUAAACUAUUUUAUGAGUGUA